UCAUGAACAGCCCCAAUCUUCCUGCUAAACCUUCUCCUGUUCAACACACUCUCCGUUUACCCCGCAAGACACCAUCAUGUCCCAACCUCCCAGCAGGCAGCCCUCACGUCCGGCCACGCCGUCCCGGUCCAGCACGCCCAUGAUGAGGUUUAAAGACUUUGUCAUGGACGCGGUCAGGCACUACAAGAACGAGACCGACUCGGAGGCGCAUCAGAUCUUCCGGCAGACCGCAGGCCACAAAGUCAAGGGCACGUUCCCGCAGACGAUCAACCCCGAUGAGGAGACCGUGCCCGGAAUCGAGCACCCCGGCAGCACCGGUGUGAUCUACUGCUCCGAUCGCGCGAUGGCGAACGGGUUCAGCUACGCGGCGUCCCACGAGUGGGCGAACCUGGGCCAGGGUGCGCCAGAGGUCGGCGAGAUCCCGAACGCGCCCCCGCGCCUGACGUCCAUCCCGCUGCCGACCGACUCGCUCGAGUACGCGCCGACGACCGGCGUGAAAGAGCUGCGCACCGCGGUCGCGGAUCUGUACAACCACACGUACCGCCAGGGCAAGGCGAGCCAGUACACCUACGAGAACGUGUGCAUCGUCCCUGGGGGCCGCGCGGGGCUGUCGCGUGUCGCUGCCGUCAUCGGUGACGUCUACACGUCGUAUCAGGUCCCCGAUUACACGGCGUACGAUCAAGUGCUGUCGUCCUUCAGACGGCUCGUGCCGGUUCCCACUGCCUUGGAUCCCAAGACCAAAUAUCGCCUGGACAUUGCCCAAACCAAGAGGGACAUUCAAACUCAAGGUCUGGCUGUCAUCCUCGCGUCGAAUCCGCGGAACCCCACGGGCCAGGUCAUCAAGGGGAAAGAUCUCAAGGAGCUCGUUGCCAUCGGCCGGGAGGGGACUACCGUCAUUCUUGAUGAAUUCUACUCCUGGUACAUCUACCCCGAGCACGACAAAGAUUUCGGUCACUCGGUGUCCUCGGCCGAGUACGUCGAGGAUGUGAACAGUGACUCUGUUGUCAUCAUUGAUGGUCUGACCAAGAACUGGCGUCUGCCGGGAUGGCGCAUCUGCUGGGUGAUCGGACCCAAGAACCUCGUGACCGCGUUGUCCCAGUCCGGAUCCUUCCUGGACGGGGGCGCCAACCACCCGAUGCAGCUCGCCGCGAUUCCUCUGCUGGAGCCCGCCCGCGUGCGUCUGGAGAAGGAGGCGCUGCAGCGGCACUUCAAGGCGAAGCGCGACCACGUGCUGAAGCGCCUGCACGACAUGAAGCUCGACGUGGACAUCCCGCCCAAGAGCACGUUCUACAUCUGGCUCAACCUCGAGAACCUCCCCGCGCCGCUGAACAACGGCCUGACUUUCUUCGAGGAGCUGCUCAAGGAGAAGACGAUCGUGAUCCCGGGCAUCUUCUUCGAUAUCAACCCCAGCCACCGCCGGAACCUGUUCAACUCCCCGUGCCACCACUUCGUGCGGAUCUCGUUCGGGCCGCCGUUGAAGGACCUUGACAUGGGUCUGGACGCGUUCGAGCGCGUGCUGAAGAAGGCGCGCAAGGAAGGCAUGAAGGCCUUUGGACACGACUACCGCAAGAGCGUCGAUGAGACUGCCGAGGUUGCUCCUGCGAUCUAAAAUAUGCUGUCAACGAUCGCUGAUCCGAUGAGAAGAUUAGAUUAGAUCACACACAAAAGGAUAGGCCGAAGGAUUACUGAUUGUAAUGGACUCGAAUGAAAUGACCACACAAUGACCUAUGAA